AUGAAUCUCCCACCUUCUUCCUCAAACUUGAGCCUUACAUCAAUACCCACUAUUUCAUCGAGUACUAGUAGCUUGGCACAAAAUGAUGAGGAUUUUCUUCAAUAUGGUGGAGGAGGUGGCGAUAAUCAAAAGAAUAAUUAUCAAGAUGAUUUGGCAAGUAGUAGUUCGGGUGAUGAAUCGGAAUUAUGUUCAGGAUUGAAUACAAGAGCCUCAUUGAAUGACUCUAUUCAAGCUCCAUUAACUUCAAGGAGGAUUGCCUCAGUCACAAACAUUAUUGAUGAUGAAUCGCCUGAUGUUGUUUUACAUACAUCGGUGAGUGAGGAUUCCUUUCUGAGGUCAUCAUUGACAAGUAGUAGACCAAAAGUUCCAACAAGGGAGACAUCGUCACUGAUGAAUUCCAUUGACGAUUUUAAUUCAAUCACAUCCCAAAUGUAUAAUGUUAAUAGUAGUAUUCCAGAUAUCAAAUUGAAAUCACCGAGAAGUACAACAGCAGUUCUUAAGAACCCAACACCUCCAAUGCCUAUCGAUUUACAGCAACAACAGCAACAGGUACUCAACAGACCAACAUAUAAGGGAAAUUUAUUAUUUGAUUCAUCUUUUGAGAGUGGAAACUUGGAGAAGGUAAUUCGUGUCGAUGAGAAUGAGUAUGAUCUUUAUGUGAGAGGAGAUACUUACAAUCCAGGAAAGAGGAUGUGGUAUUAUUUCAAAGUAUCAAAUGUUUUGAAAAAUCAAAAAGUCUUGUUUACAAUUACAAAUUUGAGUAAGAACAAAUCACUCUACAGACAAGGAAUGACACCACUUGUGUCAAGUACUAGCAGACCCAAGUGGGAGAGAAUUCCUGAAAAACAAGUUUACUAUUACAGAAAACCUGCAAAAUAUGCCAAUAUUGCAACAGCACCCAAUUUGUUAUCAUUUGUUUUUGUCUUUGAUAGAGAUGAAGAUGAAUAUUACUUUUCCUAUUGCUAUCCUUAUACUUAUACCGAGUUGCAAAAAUUCCUUUUCGUUAUUGAAUCCAAGAACUUCAAUUAUUUUCAUAGAUCAGAGCUCUGUAAAACAGCCCAAAACAGGAGGUGUGACAUUUUGACAAUUGCCAGCCCAUCUCUUCUGGCUGAUACUACCAUCAAGAAGAAAAAGAUUGUCUUUAUCACCUCAAGAGUCCAUCCAGGAGAAACUCCUGCCAGCUUUGUUUGUCAUGGAUUUAUCAGUUUUAUAUGUUCCAACCAUCCUGUUGCUGUACAGUUGAGAGAAAAGCUAAUUUUCAAAAUUGUUCCAAUGUUAAAUCCUGAUGGUGUCGCAAUUGGAAAUUACAGAACCUGUAGUAUGGGAUUCGAUCUUAAUAGACAUUGGCUGAGUCCUCAAGAGUGGAGUCAACCAACUAUUUAUCAUGUGAGAAAGUACUUGCUCGAAUUGAGAAACGAUCCAAAUUAUCAAAUCGAUUUCUUUAUGGAUCUACACUCUCACUCAGCUGCAAACAAUGGUUUCAUGUAUGUAAAUUAUGGAAACAAACCAAACAGUUCCACAAUGGAUUCGGAUCAACUCAGAUUCCCAAAACUUUUAGAUUAUAGAGCUAAAGAAUUUUCUAUGAGUGACACUAAACGAUGUAAAGAUCCAUCCAAACUCGGUGCAAGUAGAAGAGUAUUGGGAGAGGUUCUCAAUGUUGCAAAGUAUUGCUACACCUUGGAGGUUUCUUUCUUUAGUUACAAAUCCAGUGCAGAAUCAACGAAAAUGAGCCCCUUCACAAUGGAAAAUUAUUGCAAUCUUGGAAAGAAUAUGUGUAUGGCUUUGGCUGAUUUUUAUGGUCUAGAUACUGCUAGCAUUGUCAUUCCUUCAGCUCAAGAAUCUAAAGAUUAA